AUGGUGGGCAAUGCCACCAUCCCCAGCUUCUCAUCCUUUUUCUUGGUUGGUAUUCCUGGUCUAGAAGUCUUCCACUGUUGGUUGAGUAUCCCUGUUUGCUUUCUGUAUGCCCUGACCCUGAUGGGGAAUGGCCUCAUUAUCCUUGUGAUAAGAGAAGAAUCCAGCCUUCAUCAGCCCAUGUUCUUUUUCCUUUGUAUGCUGGCCUUUGAUGACGUAGCCAUUGCCUCAACCACAGCCCCCAGGAUGCUUGACAUAUUUUGGCUGGAUGCUCAUGUCAUUGGAUUUGAUGUCUGCUUAGCCCAAAUGUAUUUAGUCCACACCUUUUCCAUCAUUGAAUCGGCUCUCUUGGUAGUCAUGGCCUUUGAUCGCUAUGUUGCCAUCUGCCAUCCACUGCAUUAUGCUACCAUCCUGACCACUCCUUUGGUCAUCAGGCUAGGGGUGCUAAGUGUGGCUCGAGGUGCCAUUAUGGUUUUGCCCAGCCCAUUGCUCAUUAAACGGUUGAGGUAUUGUACCCAGAAUGUUAUACGACAUGCCUACUGUGAACACAUGGCUGUGGUGAAGCUUGCCUGUACCAACACCUACAUCAAUCGUAGCUAUGGUAUCUUUGUGGCCCUCUCAAUCAUACUGCUGGACAUUGGACUUAUUUCUCUGUCCUAUGUCAAGAUCCUUCAGGCUGUCUUCCGACUCUCUUCCAAGGAUGCCCGCUCUAAGGCACUAGGCACUUGUGCUGCCCAUAUCAGCACUAUCUUGAUCACCUAUAUACCUGCGCUGUUUAGUUUCCUCACCCACCGAAUUGGUGAGCGGGUGCCCCCAUCCCUUCACAUCAUCUUUGCAAGCAUGUAUCUUCUGGUUCCACCAGCAGUUAAUCCACUAGUCUAUGGUGUAAAGACCAAGCAGAUUCGUGACCGAGUGGUCAUCCUCUUCCUCAGGAAAAAAGAUAAAGCCUCUAAGCACUAG